UUCGCUCUCCUUCUCUCUGUAUCCAGGGUAUCAGAACAUUCUUCUAUACCAACCGUCAGACCUGCCAGGAUUGGCUGACUCGUAUCCGUCUGGCCCUGAUGAGGGUGGGGCUUCUGUCCGGCCAACCAGCAGUCACCGUCCGCCACGGCUUGGACCUGCUGACUGAGAUCCAGAACAGCAGCACUCUGGGUCCAGAGUUGGAGGCUCCUCUGGUGAUGCUGGUAGAGGCUCUGUGUGAACUUCACUGUCCUGAGGCUAUCCAUGGUUUAGCUGCCUGGAGUCUCACCAACACUGGCAAGAGUCUGGCUUGGGUCAGCUCUGUGGCACUACAGGCUGAGGGGCGGUUUGAGAAGGCUGCAGGCGGAGUCCAGGAACAGCUGGUGCCGUACGGCAGGAAGACGGUCUCCUUCAAGUCCAGAGUGUUCCUCCGAGGUGCUCAACUCCUGGCCAAUAAGCGUGCCAGUGCUUAUGUGGCCCGCGAUUGA